AUGACAUCAGAUUAUCAAAGCGAGAUCCUCUGUCAAUAUCCCCUUCAUUACCUCAGUCACGUAGGGGAUGCCAUAGGACUUGAGCAAUGUCUCAUUCGAACCAGCUUCAGCCCCUUUGAUGUAGACACUCUUAACUAUUGGACUCCUGCUCAUUGGGCUGCUUCGGCUAAUCAGCUUGACUGUCUCUCAGUAUUAGCACGUGCUGGCGCCAUAGAUGUUGCUGCUGAGCGAUCUCUUCUUACACCACUUCACGUAGCCGCUGAAAUGGGUUUUGAAGAUUGCGUCAUUUUUCUUAUCAGGAAUGGCACUCGUGUUAACACGCAAGAUUCAACGGGAGAUACAGCUCUUCAUAAAGCGGCUAGACAUGGUCAUACCGGAUGCAUGAAAAUAUUACUCGAAGCCGGUGCUUGUACAGAUACUCGUAAUUUUUAUAAACGCACGGCUUCUGAAACAGCUGCUAUUAAUGGCCAUUUUGCAUUCUCCUCCAUCAUGAAUGAGGCGAAUCGGAUAAUGAAACAAGAGAAUCAAAUUCCGCAGGACAACAACAUGGAUACCAAUAGUUUUAUCAAGUUAUCAUGUAAGCGGUCAAGAGAUAGUCUUGCUACGGUGGGCACUCUUGACGGAGACCUUUCUGAUAAACGACUGCGUUUUUCGACAUCCAAUUUCCUCAAGCAUGUAUGUGAUUCAAUCACUCGUUUUAUUACUGUUGCCAAACGUUAA